AGGAUGCUUCGAGGCGUUGCCAGCGGAGGGAACCUGCCGCCGCCUCCUCCCCCUCCACCCUCGGAGCCCCGCCGGCCGGGGAGUCGGGCUCCGGCCUGGGAGGAGGAAGUUGUGGCCCAGCUGGGACAGCAGCAGGUGGGACGCUCCGCGCCCGGCCGUUGCGGCUGCCUGAUUGCAGCCUGGCCUUGGGCAAAGCUUCCUACCCCGUCUCGAGCCCCACGCACUUCCCGGUUCCCCUCCUCGCGGGAGCGCUGUGCCCUGCGUGCUCCUCGAGGGGGCCUGCGAGGUGCCAGCGCCGGGGAGAGACGUUUGCCGCCGUGGCAGGACUGCUCGUCGGCCCCGGCGCGUCUCCCUCUCCCCUGCCUCUCUGCCGGAGCCCCCACGGCGGCCCUUGGAAGCCCCCAGCCGAGGCUGCUGCGCCCGGAGAGGCCGCUAAGUCAAUGGGGCGAGUGGCUGGGACGGGCGCGCAGAGCCCCAGGGACUGAGACGCGCGCAAGUGUGGCCCCUACAGCGCCGCUCGGCUGUUUCUUCUCCGGACUGUUCGCGAAGUACUUACAAGGAGCCUAGGCUUCUCUGAAGGGGAGACGGCUCGUUCCCUCUCGCCCUGUCCGCCCUCAAUCUCUCCACCACCGCCCGGCACGCUUUGCUGAUCUAAAAUCAGAACAAUUAGAGAGUAAUGAUUUUUCUGGAAUAGCUACUCCUACAGACACUUAGAUCUGCCCUCUCCUCAGCGCCUCCCAGCUCUCAUUUCCAGCGGAGCCAGGCAAGAGUGCGCAGACCCCUAAAAAGCAACUUGAGUGUUAACCGGGUCUGGAUCCUGGAACUUUAUAAACUAAUCCGUGUGGUUUUUUUGUGUGUGUGUGUGUGUGUGUGUGUAAAUCGAAAAGUAAGUGCAUAUUAUUUCUGAGUACUUCGGUGUCCUAACUAAGCUUUGCUCCUAAAGAACAGGAUAUAUGUAGGAGCCUUUCCUUCCACUAAGUUUUUAAAAAUGUUUAUUUCCUCGAGCGAUCAAAUGUAUCGUUUGUGCAGUUUAUUUAAACCUCUACAGGCCUCAUUGAGUCGCUAAACUAAUUCGGCAGACUAGCUGGUAUCGUGGACGGCGCAGUCGGGGUGGAUUUCCGUGUGUAGGAGAGGUGAACUGACAAUUCAAGAAAAGGUUCUGCGCGCGUCCCCACCUCCCAGCCUCAUAUCCACACGUGGCCCCUAGGAGGUGCUGGUGAAAUAUGGUUGCUUAGGUUUUGCAGAUACGCACUUAAUCCUGCCUUAUGGAGUGUGCCUCUUAGCACUGAGCAAGGUACUUAAAUUAAAAGGGUGUGAAAUAGACGAAGCACUCAGUGUGGCUGCUCUGAAAGCCAAAUGGCGAUGUGGUUCCUGUUAAUUUAUUGAGAUUAUGCUGUUCACCAAGCCCUGGUACCAACUCUGUUGCAUUUGGGAAUAAUGCCUGCCCUAAGGGAGGUCUAAUUUAACGUUUAUUUAGUUAUGUGUUAUUUAUAAACAGCUUGAAUUAACACUGUAAAGUAGAUGGAUGUUAAGAACCUAGACUGUACCCUAAAGCUAAAAGAACCUGAGGAUUGACAAGUUAACUCUAGAUUAACCGAAGGAUAAUGGACGAGUUAACAGCUCAGUUCAAUAAGCUUCUUCUGACAUAUGCUUCCUCCUGGACUUCUAAGAAACAGACCAAAAGUUUAAUUAUACCUUAAAACACGUUAAGCCCAAAUGGAAAAAGAAAAUUAAUCACUUACAGAUUUUUUUCUUCUUUAUUAUGAUUCAGUUGGUGCAUCUGCAGAUGGCUAAGAAUUUUCCAAACCGUAUGAAUUCAGAGAGGCAACACUUUCUUUGCUCUUGUUGUUCCAGGUAAUGAGCUCUCUUUGAAAACCAGUCACUCACUCGGAAAAGGAUGCCAUUUUUAUGCAGCUUGGAUUGAAAUGAUUUUGCUUUAGUCUUCUAUUCUAAAUAGAAUGAAUACACCACAGGCCAAGAUAGUUUCAUAUGAUAGAAAAAUCUUGGCCUCUGUCAUCAAUUAUCAACAUCACAUCCCCAACUUCUCUCCUCCCAGGGGACUAAAGGUUGUGCAGCAAGGCUUAUUUCUUGAAGGAGAAGUUUCGGGAAAAAUUGAUGAUUUGAAUUCCAACUUUCCAAUCUUAGUAGAAUCAUUAUCUUAAUUACUUAGCUAAAUAAGGAAGUAUGAAGGAUUAAAUUUUGCAAGUGAAAUUUUCUAAAUGCAUGGUAGCAUUGAAUAACUCUAUUGCUUUGUUUUUUUAAAAGGAAAUAUAAAUGCAUUUUAAUUAAUAAAUGACUUUUCAUCAUGUCCCUAUUAGGAAAAUUCCUGUGUGCCAAUGCUUUCAGUGCUUGAAUUAAUAUAUCUUUUGAAGUGAUGUGUGAUACAGAUUUCUCUAUUCAGAGUCUAUCUUUUUCGGCCAAGUCAGGCCUUAUUUAGCAAAAAUCCCCAUUAGUCUUGGAUAUGAAUGCAAUCGGGUGUUGGGAUCCAUCUGUGGAUUAAAUUUUUCCAAGGAAAUGACAAUUAUGCUCUUACUGAUUCUCUCCACGGUAACCACCUAUAACAUUAGAGCCAAAUAUUAGUCACAAUCUGGAUCUGCAGUCAGAUUGUAAAUAGCUGUGUGACGCAGAAGGUGAUUGUUUCACUAGAAGCACAGAUCUUUCUUUUGCAUUUAUAUAAAGAUGCCCAACAAUUAGACAUAUUUUCAGACUUCCAUUAACCAUAUAUAUAUAUAUAGAGAGAGAGAGUUCAGUUUCACAUAAAUGGUAGGUAAAAAGCUCCUGGCAUUUGUAUCCAAUGGAUAUUAACCACCUUCUAAUCUUAAAAAAGUGAUAAUCAGUAGCAGUAGAUAAUGAAUAAAUCAUUGUCAGAUUGCCCUGAAAUGUAGACAGGAUGAGUUUGCAAUCUGCUGCUAUGAGAACAAGCCACUUACUGUGGUAUUUUAAGGCAUGGUAUGCAAGCUUACUUAUUGGAAAACAGUUUUGGCCUUAAGUUUCACUUACCACAUUGGUAAUAUUUAAUCUUCAUAUUAAAUUCAAUGACAGUAUUUUUUGAAAUAACUACUUGGUACUUUGGCUAUGUGCUAAGUGAGGUGAAAGACGAAAGGGUCCUAGGAGGAGAAAUUCCUGUCCUUAGGAGUUCAGAUGUCCAAUUGAGGAGACAGACAAGGCAGAAGGAAACAUUUAAAUGAUCAAAUGACAAUAUAAAGCAGUUUAUGAUUAAGCACUAACAUGGAUCAGGCAACAAUUAAAACAAUAAUUUUAGAGAUAUUUGAAGAAUGGAAUGAAGCAGAAUUUAUUGGGAAGUCUUUGUAACGGAAGAUUUAAUAAAUAUGACAUAUUACUAUAUAGUGAUCUUAAGGAUGCUGGAAACACAUCAGAAGACAGGAGUAUCUCCUCAUUCAAUUAAUUUCACAAAUGCCCACUAUGCUCCCAGACCUUUCUAUGUACAGGUAAUCAAGUGUAUGAAUUAUAAAUCAUUUCUGAGAAUAAAUGUCAGUUACAUGAUGAAAUGAAAAGAACAGUAUGUGUUAGUAUAACUUUUGAUAAUUAGUGUGAUUAUAAUAAACAUAAGCUAUUUCAUUUUUUGCCUGCAAGACCGUAGGCCUAUCAAGGUACAGUAGAGCAUUUUCUUCUGCAUUAAAUGACCCUAGACUAAGCUUAUUUAAGACUUUCUGCUUGUUUUUUCUUUCCAUCAAUGUGAGCCUUCAGUUCUCAUUUUUGCUUUUGAUAAUGAACCUUUAAUCUGUCAGGCUGUCACCAUGCUCUGCCUAAUUUGUUGAUUCUAAUCUGCACUGGGCUGAGAAAUUAUGUAACCAAGGUUGCUGCAGUAAUGUAAAAGCAAAUAUGAUUUAACAUAUCUAAAGAUGCAUUUUGAAGUCAUAUGAACAGAUGCUGAAUUUGGAGUUACCUUCACUUGGUCAACCUCUAUUUUGGGUAAUAAAGCUUCAGGAUUUGGAUUUAUGGAAUCUAUUUUGCUUCUCAGAGCAUUUAAAUGGCUUAGUCUUUGUAUUUGCUGUUAUGAAUAGCUGAGAAAAACUUCUGAGUAAGUGAGAUACCCUUGUGUUUGCAACUAUUGAUAUGUUUGUAUGUAUACGUAAAACAAAAUCAUACACUCAUUUAUUGAGAAAAGAGUUGAGUGCUUACUUUAUCCUUGUAUUAUUAUGACCUUUAUUUUCCAUCAAACAUGUUAAAACCAAAAACAGUAAGUGGGGCUUUAAGAAGCUCACACUUCCAAAACAUCCAUGUUAUUAUUUAGUAAAUUACUUCUUCUGUCA